UCAGCGUCUGAUGACGAAUUUCCCCACAAAUCAUUAGCACUCAAUUCUACAAGUGGUUCUGAUUUACUAUCGCUGUUCUCUAGCUGGUCUAAAACCGAUUUUGACAUAAAGGGACACUUUUUGGACGCCAUGUACUUUUCUAAGUUGCCAGGCAGAAAGAACAGUCAAAAUGCAGGCAGGGCACAGGACAAAGCAGUAGGGACAAAAUGUAUGUGAAAUGCUUUGAAACAGCAAUGUUUUGCUAUGAAAUAAUCGUUUUUUAAAAAAAAGUCAUUUUUUAAAAUUUUUAAAUUUCCCGCCGUUCUGUCCCCCGUACGUCCUGACGUCGUAGGGAACGGAACCCAGAAGAUGGAUGCUGGCAUUGGCCAGAGGACAUUGCCGGGACACUGCAGGGAGGACA